CCGUUCUCCGGAAGUGCGCGGGUAGGAGCGGAAGCGCAGGCCUGCUGGGAUCGGCGGUGGUGGUUCCGCGAUGGUAGGCGGCGGCGGGGUAGGCGGCGGCCUCCUGGAGAAUGCCAACCCCCUCAUCUACCAGCGCUCUGGGGAGCGGCCCGUGACGGCGGGCGAGGAGGACGAGCAGGUUCCCGACAGCAUCGACGCACGCGAGAUCUUCGAUCUGAUUCGCUCCAUCAAUGACCCGGAGCAUCCACUGACGCUAGAGGAGUUGAACGUAGUAGAGCAGGUGCGGGUUCAGGUUAGCGACCCCGAGAGUACAGUGGCUGUGGCCUUCACACCAACCAUUCCGCACUGCAGCAUGGCCACCCUUAUUGGCCUGUCCAUCAAGGUCAAGCUUCUGCGCUCCCUUCCUCAGCGUUUCAAGAUGGACGUGCACAUUACUCCGGGGACCCAUGCCUCAGAGCAUGCAGUGAACAAGCAACUUGCAGAUAAGGAGCGGGUGGCAGCUGCCCUGGAGAACACCCACCUCCUGGAGGUUGUGAAUCAGUGCCUGUCAGCCCGCUCCUGAGCCUGGCCUUUGGCCCCUCAGCCUGCAUACUGUUAUCCUGGUCCCAGCUCCUGCCAGGGCUCUUACCCUUGUUUUCUUGAGUCACUCACAAUGAGAAACUAACAUUUUGUUUUUUGUAAUAAAGUUAAUUUAUAUUCAGUUCCCAGC